AUGAAAUCGUACUGGUUGCCGGUUUUGAAGCCCAUGUUCGAUCAUCUCGAACAGCUUAAGCAAUUAACCGAUUCCAACAAUGAACUGAAAAACACUCUAAAUAGCAAGCUGGAAACAAUUACGGAAUUGCAACGCCACUUAAUUUUAGCUGAACGAGAAGACACAUUCAAAAAAGAACUAUCAAUUAUUCAAAAUAAACUAAUCGAUUCUCAAAGUGAACCAAUCCAUAAUAAUGAAUAUAUUAAGGAACUUCAGCGUCAAAUAGAACAUUCUAGGGGUCACAUCAAGUCCCAAGAAUCACAAAUCAGUGAUCUGAGGAAAGAACUGGAGACACAAGUUGGGCAACUUAAGGAUCAAAAGGAACUGAUCAACCAAGUAAAUACUUUGAUAGCGAAUAAUAAUGAAUUGCAGAGUAUGUUGGUGGCUGCCACAGGUGAGCUCAAACUCAAAGACGAUCUCAUAAAGGUGAAGGAUUCACAAAUUAUGGAUCAAGGCAUACACAUUGCCUUCAAACACACUCAGAUCAAUAGCUUAAGCAGUCAAGUGAAAUCGAUUACCCAACAACUAACUAAAGUCACCGACGAUCUCAUGGUGUGUAAUGGAACAGACAGAUGUCCCAGUGGCACCCCAAGUGGCAUUUACAAAAUAAAAUCCCACGGAUUGAAACAAUUCGAGGUGCCCUGCAACGAAUCCGGUUGGAUGACCAUUCAAAAACGUUUCGACGGCUCCGAGAACUUCGAUCGACCUUGGGAGGACUAUAAGAACGGAUUCGGAAACGUAAAGGCCGAGUUUUUCCUCGGCCUGGAGAGAAUCUACCUGAUGACGAAGUACGUACCGCACGAACUUUACAUCAAGCUCGGCGUGUUUAAUGGAGGCUCCCGGUACAUUUAUUACGAUGAUUUCAAGAUCGGCAGCGAGUCCGAUGGGUAUAGUCUGAAAUCCCUGGGGCAACAUUAUGGUCCGGCCGGAGAUUUUCUAUCGCACAACCUGAACGACAGAUUCUGCACAUUCGACCGGGAUAAUAACAAGUCGAAAGCUAAUUGCGAUGUAGAUCCCGCCGGUGGUUGGUGGUGUAAAAGUUGCUGCAUAAGUUUAAGUUCUUUGGAUUUGGAGAGUUUGGAAAUUGCAUGCUGA